CAGGAUGUGCCUUGAUAUUUAGUUAUGAUUGUGCGGCACAAAAGAGGGGGACAUUUAAUAAGUUCGGCACCAUUUAAAUAUAGAUGUUUCACCACAUUUUUCACCUUAUCUUUAAACAUCUUUCGUCACUUUCUGCCGCAAAACGGAAACCUAAUAAAGUUAGAAAAAAAUGUAUCCAAAAUCACCUUUUCAACGUAACGCACUUGUUGAGUCCCAAAUUCUUAAACGGAAUCCCACGCAGAUAGCGGAGUUGAUGAGUUGGUUAUGCCGGCCGCCAACUAUUACGACAUAUCGCAUAAAUGUGCUACGCACGACGGUGCCAGCGUUCAAGCAGAGACUACAACAAGUGCUACGUGACCGAUAUGCGCAGCCACCUAAAGUUUAUGAAAUUCCCAGCAUUCCAGAGGUUCUUAGCAUAUCGCCCAUACCAGUCAGUAUUCCGGAUAUGACGCAAAAGCAAUCAGAAUUACAAAGAGAAGUUGUGGUAGAUAGCUGUUGUGGUGCAGCUCUACUACGUGGCGCUCAUCUAUAUGCGCCUGGUGUACUUGCCAUGGAAGCGGGCACCAAAUUGGGUGAGCAGGUUUCGGUGUACGCCGAUUUGGCGGGCAAGUGUAAACAAGGCACAAAUACGCGUUACGACUCGCCAGAUAAACUUUUUUUGGGUGUGGGCGUCGUACGCAUGCAACGGCAUCAUAUUUUUGGACCUUUAACUAAGUUUGGGGAUUCCAAUGACAGCGCGCCGACUGAGCGGUUGAAAGGAGUGGCGGUGGAGAUGAUCGAAACUACGUCCGGGGUACCCACCAUUGGCGACUUGAGUUGCAGUGAAGCGCUACUGCAGAACUUGCCAUCCAUUGUAUGCGUACGGGUGCUGAACCCCCAGCCUGGUGAACGUGUGCUCGAUAUGUGUGCCGCUCCCGGAAAUAAAACAACACAUAUUGCAGAGAUGAUGGAUGAUCAAGGCGAAAUUAUAGCUCUGGAUAAGGUAGCCAAGAAAAUCGCUGUCAUGCAAGAAAAGAUAAGAGGUGAAGGCUUGAAGAGUAUACGCGCUUAUGCCUUCGAUGCUACGAAAGCCUUCGAUACAUCUAUUCCUGCAAAAAAUACUACUAAAAUUUUACAAUCGCCGCCUUUCGCGGCGAAUACGUUUGAUAAAAUCUUGCUUGAUGCACCCUGCAGCGCUUUGGGCAACAGACCGUUUCUGAUAGCAUCGUCCAAUAUGACGCCCCAAAUGCUGGCGUCAUAUCCAAAAGUGCAGCGAAGGUUAUUUUCAGCAGCAGUUCCGCUGCUCAAACCGAACGGUGUGUUGGUUUACAGCACUUGCACAGUCACCGAAGAAGAGAAUGAGUGCAUUGUGAGUUGGGUGCUUGAAACGUUUCCGCAGAUACGACUAGUUGCCGCUGUUCCUCGUUUAGGCGAAAGCGGCCUUAAGCACACAGGUCUCAAUAAUGAUGAGAGGCAGUAUGUACAACGGUUUAGCCAUAACGUCAAAGAAACCGGAAGAGUGCCCAUUGACACUGUAGGAUUUUUCAUAGCAAAAUUCAUAAAGCAGUGUCGAGAUGAUGUGCAUGGCGUUUAAAAAUCUUCGAUCUAAUUUCUUUAAAAUACAUAAGACAGACGCUUUUAAUUCUCAAUAUAAGUUGUUUAUUCUAGUUUGCAUUUAUUUAAUUAUUCGUUAAGUAUAUUCAUACAUAAUGAAAUGUUCAGCUAUAAACAUACAUACAAU